AAAUCCGCUUAUGUUUAAUAACUGACCUUUCAAGAUGGCUGCGCCCAGUAAGGCUGAUUAUCUCAAAAAGUAUUUAUCCGAGAAUGCUGAGCAGAAGAAGAAAAAGAAAAGACCAAAAGUACCAGGGAUUCCAGCUAAAAUAAUAAAGUCACGAAUUGUUGAUGAUGAUGUUGACUUUAAGUCCUUACUUCCUGAAAAUCUAUCCAAUACAUUGGAUGAUGAUGUAGGCGACAAUGAUCCAACUGUUGCUGAUGUGAUUGAUGAGCGUCCAGAGAGUGUUCAAAUCUUAGAAAAGUAUAGGAAAUCUGGAACAUGGAAAGUAAUGGGAGAUGAUUCAAUGAAGGUAGGACCAAAUGGUGGUCUGUCAACUAAAGAAAGUGAAAACAACUCAGAUUCAGAGCGAAAUUCAUACAGGAGAAGAAGAUAUGAUUCAGAAUCUGACCAAUCACCACCAGGGAAAAAGAGACAUGAUUCAGAUUCUGACCAAUCACCACCAAGGAAAAAGAGACGUGAUUCAGAUUCUGACCAAUCACCACCUAGAAAAGAGAGACAUGAAUCGGACUCUGACCAAUCACCACCUAGAAAAAAGAAACAUGAUUCAGAUUCUGACCAAUCACCACCAAGGAAAAAGAGACAUGAUUCAGAUUCUGACCAAUCACCACCAAGGAAAAAGAAACAUGAUUCAGAUUCUGACCAAUCACCACCUAGAAAAAAGAGACUUGAUUCAGAUUCUGACACAUCACCUCACAAGAAAAAGAUUGAACAAGCUAGAUCUAGUAGCAACCCAAAGUCUAAAGACAGUUCAGAGAAAACAUUAUCAGGAAAGAGAGCUGGUUUAAGUUCAGCCAGUGAGAUGAGAAGAGAGGCUGAAGACUUAAAGAGACGUGAAGAUGAAAAAUUUAGACAGAUUGACAAUGACAGACUUGGAAAGGGGGCCGCUACAGUGUUCCGAGACAAAAAGUCGGGGAAAAUCCGUGACCUUGCAGACGAAAGGAAACAGAAGUCUGAAGCAGACAAAAUCAAGGCUCAAGAAGAGGAAAAAUUUAGACAAUGGGGAAAAGGACUGAAGCAGAUUGAGAAGCAAUCAGAGAAGUUAAAUGAGGCCCUUCAUGAAGCUGAUAAGCCCUUGGCCCGCUACCGUGACGACGAAGAUCUCGACCAAAUGCUGAAGGAUAUGGACAGAGCAGAAGAUCCUAUGCUGGCAUUUAUUAAAAAAAAGAAGUCAAAAUCAACCGGACCAACAAAAGCCGAGAAGCCUCGCUAUAAAGGCCCAGCACCGCCUCCCAACAGGUUUGGCAUCCUGCCAGGAUAUCGAUGGGACGGCGUGAACAGGUCUAAUGGCUUCGAGAAACAGGUGUACGCUAAACAAGCAGAGACACGGGCCACUGCUGACGCCGCCUACAAGUGGAGCGUAGAGGACAUGUGACACCGUACAGCGCUUGCAGUCUGUAGAAGGAAUAUAUUAAGUUGUAUCAAAAUUAGCAUUUUGACCAGUAAAGUGUGAAUUAUGCCAUGACUUGAGACCAAGAAAAUGGUAUAAGCCUCUAAUAUGAAGCGGAUUAUCUGAGCAACCCUGGUUCAUAAUUGACAAGUGCAGGGCUUGCAGGCUUUUGUUGAUUUUGGUCUGUGAAAAGUGAGUAAGGCUGAAAUUAUAAUAAUGUAGUGUGGCGUUCGGCGAUCAACCAGACAGCAAGCCCUGUCUGACGUUGAAAAAGGACAUGUACUGGGAAAAGAAGGAACACAUUGGCAUUGAAGUGUGAGCAGAGCAAGCAUUCAGCAGCACUGAAUUUCCUUCCAUGGCCUGAUUUUGCAAGCUAAAGCCAAUGCUUGUGUCGUUCAAGAAUAUUAAAAUGCAUGGUUUUGGCGAUACAAACAAUUUUUCUAUUCCACUGCAGGUGGUUUAAAGUUAUAACCAUUAUAUUUGUGCUUAAGCCAGUUGACUGUUCAGGCAGCAAGCUCGCUCAUGGUAUAUUGCAGGGAGCUUAAAAGUGCAAAAUUAUGCACAUGAGACACAACCAGACAUUCUUUUGAAAUGUAAAGCAUUGAUAUAAGUCCUACACGACAUAGGGCAUUGAUAGGUUGCUCUGAUUGUAAAAGACAUUUCAAAAGAUAGUGUUUUCAUAUCAGACUGGAUUGCAUUCAAUGUCAGUAUGACGUGUCUUGAAUGGUCAUAAGAAAUUUGUGUUUUAGUACUGUUUACAGUACACGAACAUUCGCUGCUAGUACUAGUAUAAUUAUCAAUUGUGAUGUUGUGUGAAAGUGACAGUACCAAGAACAUACUUAAAUAAGAAAUAGAUAAAGUGUAAGAAAUUCUGAAAUGUCUGAUAUAAGCUAAAAAAUGCAAAGUGAUUUACAUCUAAUGUAAUUUUCAUUAACAUAAAUGUAGAAAUCAAUUUGUUAUUUGAAUAAAGAAUAAUCAAUUAGA